AUGUUUACCGCUUCAAUAAUGCGCUUAAGAAAACAUAUACUUAAGAUUCGUCAUAAACACAGUUUAACACACGAGUUUACCCUUUUGAUAAUUGUAUCCCAAUCCUUUAGGACAGAUACUCUGGACAAACAGUUGUGUAGAGGUCCGGUACAUGUUAGCCAAGGGCCUCCUUCUAUAUUUUAUGCUAUGGAAUUUGAAAAACAUGAGGUGAAUAUGUCUUCAAGAAUCCAAAGGAUAAGGUUCAGCUUUAAAGGCUUAGAUAGCCGUAUAAUGACUUUAUCUAAGUUUCAGACCACAAUGAUAAAUGAAAGAAAGCUUCUGGGUAUCGCUCGUGCUUUUCAUAGUAUAAUAGCUGAUAUUAGUAUUACAUAA